AGGUGGGAGGAGGACCAAUGGCCGCUAGUGGCCUCAAGACGGCGGAAAGUAACGGGCGCCUUAAGUUUGCUAAAAUUCAGAUUUUUGGAAAGAGAGUCAAGUGGACCCAAUCAUCAGGAAUACAUGGAUAAUUAAAGCUUCCAAAAAUGAGCCAUGAAUUGUUACCCUUCUACUGGAAUCCACAAUUUGAGGAAGAAAAAAAUGUUGGAAUGUCUUACUCCUGCUCUUUGAAGAAAAUCAGUGUUGGACUGUCUUAGUUUUGCUCUUUGAAGUUGUAUUGAGUGUCAGCUUGGUUUACUUUAUCUAAUGUGAAGAGGAAGUUUGUGCACAAGAGGACGUGUGAUACUGCUGAGCUUGGAACAAUGAUCAGGUGUUGUGGUUACUUCCUGCACUGGGGAUGAAUAUUUGGGAUUUUUAAAGCAAUAUCUCUGACUGUCGGCUCCAUGCACAUGCACACCCACAAUACAAUGACCAGUUCUCAGGAGCCCCUGAGCUGGUCUUCCUCUACAGCCAUUAUCACCGAGGCCCUCAACGAAGACAAAGAUUUCAGUGGGAUGCAUGGAGAUCAUAUACCCACUAGUCUCCAUCCUUCACCUGAAAUCAUAGAGGAUAUACGAGACAAGGGCUUACUUUACAGCAAUGCAACAGAGAACAUGAAUAGCUCAGUACCCACCACAGUAUUGACCAGUGUAAGUGAGGAUUCCAGGGACCAGUUUGAAAAUAGUGUGCUACAAUUAACAGAACAAGAUGAACUGGAAACUCCUGUUCAUCAGAACAACAGUGAUGGUAUAUCUGGAGAGACCAACAAUGGAACAGAUGAUAUCAAGAUCCAGUUCAACAGAUCAGGCAGUGGAAAUGGUGGAUUUCUUGAAGGACUCUUUGGUUGUUUGAAGCCAGUAUGGAAUAUUAUAGGGAAAGCUUACUCUACUGACUACAAGCUACAGCAACAAGAUACAUGGGAAGUUCCUUUUGAGGAGAUUUCUGAGCUGCAGUGGCUGGGCAGCGGUGCACAGGGAGCUGUUUUCUUAGGUAAAUUCCGAUCAGAGGAGGUGGCCAUCAAGAAAGUGAGAGAACAGAGUGAAACUGAUAUCAAGCACUUAAGGAAACUGAAGCAUCCUAACAUCAUUGCCUUCAAGGGAGUUUGCACUCAGGCACCCUGCUACUGUAUAAUAAUGGAAUACUGUGCACAUGGACAGUUGUAUGAAGUGUUGCGAGCAGGAAGAAAGGUGACGCCUCGUCUGCUUGUAGACUGGUCCACUGGGAUUGCUAGUGGAAUGAACUAUUUACAUCUUCAUAAAAUCAUCCACAGAGACCUCAAGUCACCCAAUGUGUUGGUUACUCAUAAUGAUGCAGUAAAAAUUUCAGAUUUUGGUACUUCUAAAGAACUCAGCGAUAAGAGUACAAAAAUGUCCUUUGCAGGGACUGUAGCCUGGAUGGCCCCAGAAGUAAUUCGCAAUGAACCUGUGUCUGAAAAAGUGGAUAUAUGGUCAUUUGGAGUGGUUUUGUGGGAGCUUCUCACUGGAGAGAUUCCCUAUAAGGAUGUAGACUCCUCAGCCAUUAUCUGGGGUGUAGGCAGUAAUAGCUUGCACCUUCCUGUGCCCUCCACUUGUCCAGAUGGAUUCAAGAUCCUAAUGAAGCAAACAUGGCAAAGCAAGCCCCGGAAUCGGCCCUCUUUCCGACAGACACUUAUGCACCUUGAUAUUGCAUCUGCUGACGUGUUAGCCACCCCUCAGGAGACUUAUUUCAAGUCUCAGGCCGAAUGGCGAGAAGAAGUAAAGAAGCACUUUGAGAAGAUUAAAAGUGAAGGAACUUGUAUACACCGAUUAGAUGAAGAACUUAUUCGUCGCAGAAGAGAGGAACUCAGGCAUGCCUUGGACAUCCGUGAGCAUUAUGAGAGAAAACUGGAGAGAGCCAAUAAUUUGUAUAUGGAGCUCAGUGCCAUCAUGUUACAGCUGGAGGUUCGGGAAAAAGAGCUCAUCAAGCGGGAACAAGCUGUGGAAAAGAAAUAUCCUGGGACUUACAAGCGUCACCCAGUCCGACCAAUAAUUCAUACUAAUGCAAUGGAAAAAUUGAUGAAGAGGAGAGGAGUCUCCCACAAGCCUGGAGGCCAGACUAAACGGCCUGACUUGCUGAAGUCUGAUGGCAUAUCCAGUGCUGAAGUGGCGCCUAGUGGCUCUCCCCUCUCAGGGAGCCCCAAGAUGUCAACACUCAGUAGCAAAGGACGUUACCGCAGCAAACCACGCCACCGGCGAGGGAACAGCAAAGGCAGCUACAAUGAUUUUUCAGGGAUCUUGAAAAACCAGCCAGCACAGGAUGAAGUGGCCCAGCCAUCUCAUCAUCAGCAUCAGCACCCUCCCCAUCACCCUCGACUAAACAUACAUGGGCAGGACAUAGCCAAUUGCGCUAAUAACCUUCGGUAUUUUGGCCCUGCUGCUGCCUUGCGCAGUCCUCUUAGCAAUCAUGCCCAACGGCGGAUGUCUGGCUCUAGCCCUGACCUUAUCUCUGCUGCUGUGGAAGCUGAUUCACGGAGAAAUCUGCAGGAUGGGGAGGGCAAGGCUAAUGAUUGGGAAUGUUGUAAUAAAGGUACAUACAACCUCUGCCCAGAGUGUAGACCGGGCACAAAUGGUGCAAAUCAAGGACCGUUGCUUCAGCCAGGGCUUGAGCAGCCUGAAGCGCUGUCAUAUGACCCUUUGUAUGCAAAUGUGCAAUUUCCUGGCAGGAGUGAGGAAGGUGAAUUUAGCAGCCAAAGGUCAGUGUCAUCCCUUGGUCCCUCUCAUCCUGCGAGCACUCCAGGACUGCUGUGUAAAAUGCGACCCAUUCCAAAGAGUGGUGAUUACUCUUCAGAAGAAGAAGAAGGAGAAGUAGAUAGUGAAGUGGAAUUCCCGCGGAGACAGAGGCCUCAUCGCUGCAUUAGCAGCUGCCAAUCCUACUCAACUUUCAGCUCUGAGAACCUCUCUGUGUCUGAUGGAGAGGAGGGCAAUACCAGUGACCAUUCCAACAGCCCAGAUGAGCUGGCCAAUAGGCGGAAAGAUCAGGUGGCUGAGAAGCUGGAUGAGAUGCUAUCGCAGACUCCAGAAUUUCCCAUUGAAAUCUCUAACCAGUCUGAUGGCCUUUCGGAUAAGGAGAGUGCUGUACGCAGAGUGAAAACACAGAUGUCACUUGGCAAGUUGUGUCCAGAGGAACAUGGCUAUGAGAAUCCUGGGGAGUUUGGAGAAUCAGAUGGUGACUCUUCAGAUGGAGACUGCUCUGAUGCGACUGUGAGGACCAGUAAAGCCUGCAGCUCUGCAACCUUGUAAUGAUGAAUCUCCUCCCUCCUUCAGCCAUUUGAUCAACUGGCAUUUUGAUUCCCCAAGGGCCCUCUCUUCAUUCCUUCUCUGAGAAGCUGCUUCUCCACCCCAUCACCCAAAUGAUCUGCAAUAACUUGAAUCUUUGGAGAAAUGUUCUGAUGAAUUAGUUUCUCAGUGAGCAUUUCUAUCAUGAAUGGCAGGGAUGUAUUUUAUUGAAUAAUUGAGCUAUUGUAUCAUAUUUUUGGCAUUUUAACACUUUUUACUCUGAAGAGUGGUCUGAAUCCAUAGACAAAAUAAUUAGUUGCAAAAAAAUGUUCGCAAGGCAAGCCUGUGAAAGAGAAUAAUCUUUUUGAGUCUUAGACAGCAUACAUGGACAGGCUAAGUUCUGAUGCUGCUAUUUUGACAUGGGACCAGGCCACAUGGCUCUGAAGGGCUGGAAAUAAAAGAAGGGAACUCAAUGACUUGAUCAUAUCCAGUGAAGCAGUGGAUGAAGUAAUCUGUGAACCUAUAUCAUCAGUGUACUCAGCGUAGCAUUACCAAUAGGAAGGUGUUCACAUUCCUGGAAAGGUGUGUCUGAGUCUCUGCUCCCCUGGCAUGUGAGAGUGGGAGCUAAUCGUGUUUGUUUUUUAAUUGGUAUUUGGUUGGUUGUCACAUCCUGCAGCUGUAUUCUAGCCUCAGCCUCACUCCAGCAUUUUCCCACCACCACUAUGCCACUGUGAGAUCAGGAGAUACAGCAUGGAGUAGCUGGAGAAUAGAGAGAAAUGGACACGCUCUUUAGCUCACCGUUAUCUUCCUCUCCUUUAUAACCUGCCUUUUGUUUACUUCCUUCAAUUAAAAACAAAUUGAACAAAUUGAUGUUGAAGAUCAAGAACUCACAAGCCAUGGAAAACACAUUCUGCAUAUCCCUAGGACAAUCUGGAGGAAGAAACUGGAACUGUUCCUGCUAUAGUGGACAUUCUGCUAGGACACAAUAAGAGAGGGUUGUCACUGGAUGAAACCAGGGGAAUUGCAUGGCGUGGACCAUGCUUUAUGACUCUCCACUGUUUCUCUAGUGCUGUUCUGAUAGGGAAGCACUGGCAGCUUGUCAGGCUUGAUGCAAAGUAACAUUUGAAAUGUUGUGAAUGGAAAAUGCUCUUCAUUUUGGGUCUGAGGGAGCCUAAGCCAUAUUUCCAUAGUGAUGCAUUUUGGAUUGGAGAGAGCCUGACACUAUUGCCUUUCCUAAGGGAAAGGUAUUCCACCUUCCUUCUGCAAUACCUCAUUCUUCCUAAGCAACUUACUGGGGUUUAUAAUCAUGGCUUCUUUAAAAGAAUUGUCCAACUGGAGCAAAACCAAAACAAAAAAGUUAUAAUUUGGUUUGAUAGCCAAAGUGUUAACAGUGAUCUUGGCUGUGCCCCCAUUUUGUGUCUAGCUAGUUACGUUUAGGGAAGAAAGGCUCUUUGUGUGGUGUGCAAAGUUGUAUCCUAGCAGGAUUCAUAUUUAAGGUAGUGAGUAGCAGUUGCACCCCCUCACCCCACCCCCAAAAUGAAGGGCAAGGAUGGGUUGCAUGCUGUGCUGCUGUUUGUUUACAUUUAAUUUGAUUUUUUAAAAAUAAUAAUAGCAUAGUGGCAAAAUGAAGGGAAAUGCUUUACUAAUACAGAGAGCAGUAUUGUACGAGUUAAAUUAUUCCAUAUUUUUAAAAUUCUGUAGCUGGACUACAUGGAUCAUAACUUAUGUUGUUAUUUAUUUUAAUUUCUGUAGAUUAAAAGCAGGGUUUAUUGUAGCACAACAUAUUGGUCCCAUUUCACUUGCUCCAUGGUUCCUCAUCCCAGGAGGAGCAGGAGCCAGUAUUGUGACCUAAUUACCUUCUAUAGGCCUAGUGAUGUGACGGCCCAGAAAAAUUCAAGAUUUUUUUUUCUAAGGACCAUUUUGUUUGUUUUUUUCUGAAAAAUUGAAGAGCUUUGGAUUAUGAAAUAUUUUCUUUUAGAAUGUAAGACAGGUAUUUAUAUAUUGUUACUUAGCCUACUGCCCCAAUGGUUUCUUAAGAUGAUGUAAUAAGAAGACUUAUAUAGAAAGACUAGAGGUGUAGAAUGUCUGGAAAUAAUGAACCCGUGGGGGGAAAUGUUCUUUUUAAUCUUUUCUGUAAGAUUCCCAGCACGGUUAUUGCGUCCAUUCCUUAUAUUGAUCGAAUGUAUCUUUACUGAUAAAUAUGUAGGGCUGCUUCAAGUCAUGCUCAGUUUCCCAACAUGUAGUAGAGUCACCAUAUCAUAAAAUGGAAGAAAAUGUGUAUUCUUGAUAGUUUAGGUUUUGUUCUACAGAGUCCUUUCUGGGUUUGUUAUGUUUAGAUAUUAUUGCAGUCAAUUAAUGUAGUUCUAAUCUAAAACCCACAUGUGAAAAAACACUGUCAUUAUCCUGCCACUGUCACCAGUUCUAAUGGAACAGUUCAUAGGAAGUCCCUAAUUAGACCUCACUACUAGGGAAUGCUGCCUCAGCUAUAACAAAUUUUAACUGCUGCCACUAGAGUGAACCCUCUUUACCUAAAAUAAAUUCAUUAGCCUAGUUCCUCUAGCGUAGGUAAGCAUGGGUUUGACACCGCAAUGAGAGACAAGCUUUCAGAAUUAACAAAAAGCAAGAUGUUCAUUAAUAGAAAUUAUUUACAAAAGUGAAUAAAACGUCACUCUUCGAAUAAUAGGUUGAGAUUGCUUAAAGCUUCUUAAAAGUAAAUAUGGUUGCUUACCAUGCCUAAACCGAGUCUUUAAAAGAUAGUUAUAAUUUUAUGAGCAAACCAAGGUAUACAUAAUAUAACUUUAGGAACAUUAAGGUUGCUUUGUAUUUCUAAAGCAGCUUUCCCCAACCUGGUGACCUCCAGAUGUUUUGGACUACAAUGCUCAGUAUUGCUGACCAUUGGCAACACUGUCUGGGGUUGAUGGAAGCUGAAAUCCAAAAUAUCUGGAGGGCACCAGGUUGGGAAAUGCUGUACUAAAACAACAAAGUGACUUAAGAUCAGUAAAGAACUCUUUAAAAAAAAAGUGUUGCUUAUUUUUAGAUUUUCCUUUUUUUAUAUAAAUUUCCCCCCAAAAUUGUUUUCCCAGAAAGAUAAAAGGGAGAAAAACAUUCCCCCCCAUCCCCAAGGCUUCAAAAUUUCCAGAAAUUUUAUCUCUGUGUAGGCCAGUCUUAUCUUGCCGGUUGCAGCAACCAAUGGACAAUAACACAUGGAGUACUAGGCCAGUAUCAGAAAGUUGAAGCAGUACUAGGCUGCAUGUGCAUGGAGUGUAAAAUGGGUCAGAUGCAGAUCCUAAAACAUCUUGGCAUGUUUUAUCCUCCUGCUGCAGUCCAGAACACGGUGAAAUAUCCACCUGAAACACAAAUAAGUCCUGUUCACUUGAAGCGGCAUCUCCCUCUCUAAAGACAAGUCUUCCUUGAGCUUUGUAUCCUUACGUAAGACUGAUUUGAGCUCUGCUUAUUCUGAACAAAGAUGUUCCUAGCAGCUUAUGCCCUUUCUGCCUAGCUAUGUAGCUUGAGGGUGAACUACUAUCUUUGAGAGUCCCAUAUAUGCUAUUUAUUCACACUCCAAUAAAUGCCAUUCCAUUGGUAUAUGGGCCAGGCUGUGAGAGAACAGAAUAUUACUGCACCACCACAGAGUUAAUUCAGACACAUAACUUGGUGUUUCGUUUGGGAAAGCUUGCUUGCUUGGCAUGAUCUGAACCAGGGGUGGGAAACACGUGGCUCUAGACCACAUGUGACCUCCAGUGCAGCCUCCACCACCCUCCCAAUUUGGAGCAAUUUGAUUUAAAAAAAAAUUAAAAGGAAAAAAAUGGCAUCUGUAAGAUACUGUGGAGUGCCAAAGGUGUCAGCUAAAUGUUACCCUUUUGGUACUUCAUUGCAGCUAUGAACACCAUUUUUAAUACACACAUACCACCCACACACCCACACACUUUUUUGGACCGGACAAAGUUGCCCACCCCUGAUUUAAACUCUAUUUUUCUUUUGAAUUUUAGCCCAUUCUUGCUGGUCAGACAAUUACUCUGCUUCAUUAUUACUAGACAUUCAUGUUAUGGGUGUCUUACUCAAAAAUAUAUUUUGGGAUGGAUCUCUGAAUUGGUAACUGUCUGCUUUGCUAAUAACAUUUGCAAGCAAACUGACUAUUUGGCAAUGAGGUAACACACCCUCUCACAAGAAGAUUCCGGUUUUAACAGCCCAGGAUUAGCUUCGUAUAUUCUUGGAAAGUUCCCUUUUUUGAAACAAGGCAAAGUGAGUUACCUUGUCAUGAAUGACAAGAAGCUACAUGCUGCUUUUCCCAUGCAAAGAACCUGCACAGUGCUAACUUUUUCAAACUAUCUCUUCUUUGAUGAGUUUCAUACCAAUCCUUCCUGCCCAGGACAUAAUGCAGAAUUGUGAACUUUCCGGAGUUUUGGGCAAAGGAUUUUUUGUGAUCCUUAAAGUAGAAGUAUUAAGUUUGGAGUCUUAUGCAUGCAAAGCAUGCCUUACCACUGAAGUACAGCCUUUUCCUAGAGGACAUUUCUACAUCAGGAGAAUGUGUCUGAUUUAAUGGUCUCUGUUGUGUCUGGUAGUCGUUGGUUGUUUACUUUUGGUAUUUGCACAUAUCCUGCACCUGCAGAUGUCGUGCUGCACAGUGCAGUUCUUUAAGAGAUUACUUGAAGGUUCAAGAAUAAUUCAUGAAGAUGUGACUCUGGCAGCUGCAGUCUCCAGAGAUACCCACUUUCCCCAGCAAUGUGCGCCCUGUGUUUCCCUUUACAUUUAAAACACACCCAUCCACCCAGUUUUGUCUUGACCCUCCCCAAAGAUAAAUAAAAUAAAGAGCUCAAGGGUUUAAGGGACAUUGAUUUAAGAUGUCUAGUGAAUUGGUACCCUAAGAAUGUCGUGCUUUAUUUAGCAACUUGUUUUGGGGUGUGUCUAAGCCUCAUACAUUAAAUGCAACUGUAGAACAUUCCAAAUUGUUAAAUACGAUUUGUGCCAUUGAAUGCAAGCAUAGAAUUCUUCUAGAAACAUUUCUUCUUUUUUCCAAAUUAGGUUGAUCAACUUCUGUUCAAUUAUAAACUGGUAACAGAAGCAUUGGAUGUAAAUUUUAAGCAUCAAUAAGACUAAUAAUCUCAUCUUUCCUCAUCCUAUUAUGCCCUUUGUAUUUUCCCUAACAAAUAUAAUCUCACAGCUAAAGAGAGAUCCAAGUAAGGGGAAAGACAAGCCAAUCAGGUUUACUAAGUUGGAGGAAAACAGUGGUAUUGCUGCUAUAGUUAAAACGAGAGCUGCUGAGCUACAUGUUAUGGUCACCAUGAUAAUACAGCUGAGUACCAUCCCUGCAAUGCUUUAGUGUCUAGGAGCACUUGCUACAUGCUGCAGUAGUGUCACAUGGUGAGUUUCCUUACUCCUCAAUCCAUAUCAUUGGUUCCUUCUGCUUGGGGCAGAGCAACCCACGGGAUGAUGUCAUGUCGCACAGUGAGUACUCCUAGAUUUUAAGGCAGAGUGGGGGAAUGUGUCACAGGGAUACAAUUUUCUAUGACAUAGCAUGUAGCCUGUCUUUAAACAGAGACAUGGUAUAGUGCUAUUAUUAUAUUAUUCCAAAAAUGCUGUACAUGUUCUCCCUCAAAAAGGAUAGAAUUGCUAACCCUAAAAUUUGGAUCAUGAUGAACUGUGACCUAAAAACAUACCAGUCUAACAGAGGUGAGAUUUUACAUGGCUGUUGUUCUCUGGAGUACGCAAGUUACGUUUUUAAAGUUUUCUCUUAAGUGUGAGGGCUAAACACUUUUUAAUAUGGAAACAGACUCUCAGGUAUUUCUGUGACUUUGGGCUCUUUAAAAAGCCUGCUCUGUUUGUUCUAUAGGUCCAACAAAAGGUAUUCACUGUACCUACUUUAUUCUCUGGGAACAACACUCCAAAGCACUAAAUAUUAAGAGACAUGAUCAGAACUUUGGGAGUUGGUAAUACUGGUACUGAGAAACACACACUGUAUUGUUCUUUCCUUUCCUAGAAAGCAGUGUCACAUUUACUGGCAGAAGAGGGUAGCCUUCAUGCUUUUUUUCACACAUUAAAUUGAGUUUGUAUUCAACAAGCCAGUUGGCACAAGAAAUGCUUUCUUAGUAUACCAACAACAACAAUAAAAUGCAUUCUUGUAGGGUAGGAAAAUAGUCCAGUCUUUGUGUUAACACUCUGAUAGCAAAUUAGGGACUGCAAAGGAAUAGAUGGUUCUUCGUUGCAGAAUCGAGUACUGAAUCUUUAAUUCAAUGCCAUAAACCAAACAAAUAAUCUUAUUCAGAUUAUGAGUACAGUAUUGCCAUGUGUGUUGUUAUCAAGGGUGAAUUUUCUUGCUGUGUUACAACUAUUUUGUGCAAGGGCAUUACAAUAUUAUAACUGCCUCAUUAAAUGUUUGCCAGUAAUGACACAGCAAUCUAAAGCAUUCUUAGAAUAAGCAAUGGAAGGCAAAUGACUUUUUCAGGUCAUUUUCCCCUCUCUUAUAAUUCUUAAUUACUGGGUCCAGCUAUGGCACAAUCGGUAUGGUGGCUCAUGGUUAGGGGAGUUAUUGGUUUUGUGUUUCAUAUGAAAUGAUAAUUUCAUCUCCUAUGCUGUCUUUUCUCCCUACCCUAUGGCUUCCUGAGGCAACUUGAUUUUUUGUUUUUGUAUUGAACAGCGUAUAACAAUUGGGAACAAGACUGACUAUCAAAACAGAUGCAUGGAAUAAAAGCCAGUGU